AGGUCUGCUGUGUGUGUGACUGUGUCAAACGCGCUGUCGCUUCCUGGUUUGCAGGGGGGACUGCCGUGCAACAUUUCCGGGACUCGGAGAGUUGAGUGAUGGUCAGUCGGAAUUCAGUCGCGCGGGUCGCUGAAGGAUCAUGCUGAUUCUCAUCUCACGGUUAUUAUUUAUGGCGGCGGUGUGGCGCGUGGCGGAGGGGAAGACAUCUCUGCCAUAUCGAUCAGAUGGAACAUGUGAUACAGCCACUGAAUAUUACGUCAAAGACUUGGGACUGUGCUGCAGUAGAUGCAAACCAGGGACUCAUCUGGCGGUUAUGUGCACUAGUAAUUCAGACACCGUCUGUGAACCCUGCCAAGAUGGACAGUACUCAGAAAAUAUGAACCAUUUUUCUAACUGUUUCUCUUGUCCAAGGUGUAAAGAAGUGAAAGGACUGAUGUAUGGCACAAACUGCUCUGCUGAUACCAAAGCCGUUUGUGUUUGCAAGCCUGGGAUGACAUGUUCUAAGUAUAAUUUCGAAAAAGAAUGUGAGGAAUGCAGAAAAUCUAGAUCCUGCAAACCUGGUCAAUUUGUCUUCAAAGAAGGGUCAUCUGUUAGGUGUAUGCCAUGUCCAACUGGAACGUUUUCAAACCGCAGUAAUAGUGACCAGUGUAAACCACACACAAAAUGUGAAGGCAGGUCAGUUUUAAGAGCUGGCGACUCUACAGUUGACACACUGUGUGAGAGGAUGCCGCCAUCAACAACAGCAGCAACAACAACAAAGGCUCCCCUUCAGAGUUCACCAAAGCGUACUAGGCCCAAAAAACCGGGUUCUAUUUGGGGAAAAAUGCAGGCAAUUCAGCUUAUGAACACCACCACCACCACCACCACCACCACCUCAACUGUAGUUCUAUUGAGUAGAGUGACAACAGACACAGCAGGGUAUCAAGAUUUCAUGAUCUACUGCUCUGUCGGUGUUGGUAUUGGUCUGGUUGUGCUGAUAUUGGGAGUGAUGGUGAUUACAUGCAUGUUACGAAAGAGGAAAGGUUUACAGAAGGUUCCGAUCACAGAUGACAAGAAGGUAGAGCAGGAUCCCUCGGCAAGCAGCACACCUGAUUAUCAGCGUCUGUUACUCGUCGACAGGUGCCAGAAGGAGCCGUCCAUGACUUCAUCGGACAGCCAGAGUCAGCCAGACUCAGGUCACAGCAGCGCUGACUGGCUGGACCGCACCAGUCAGGAGUCCCUACCAGAGCAGCCAUCCGUCUCCAGCCCCAUGGUCAAUCUCAGCAUCACGGCCACCUUCAACUGCCAGCUGAACCCCACGACAGCGUCCUGCUCCAUCCCCAUGCUGACACCCCUGACACCCCACGCUGAAGCUGCGGUGCCGCUUUCUCAAGAAGAGGUCUGUGUAUCCUGUCAGCAAGAGGACGGCAAGGAAGCUCUGCGCUCGGUACAGGAGAGCGGCCUGUGUGUCUUCUGAUUGGAUGCUUUACUGACCAAAUAUAUACGUUUAGAUAAAUGCAUAUGCAAAUCCCUAAAUGCAGUGUAAAGUUAAACAGAUGACAUUAAUUGCAUUAUUUUAAAACUAAAAAGGAAUAAAUCAGCCCAAGAUGAAAAUGUGCUCACCCCCAGGCCAUUCAAGAUGUAGAUGAGUUAAUGGGAACAGAUAUAGAGAAAUGUAACUGACUCGUCAUUGUAAUGUAUUGUACAGUUUUAUGGUUGCUAUCUCUAUUCAGUACUCGGCUAUAACGUUUGACACGUAAAAAGUUUUUAAACCUCCCUGGUGAGACGAAAUGAAUGAUGAUUCGAUAUAUAGAGAGAUGUAAAGAUAGCGCCCCCUAGUGGUUGUUGUUUUCUCUACCUCCCUUGCAAAUGUAUUAGGUGUUUCACUGUUUAUAUUUUGUCAUAUUUUUUAUAGACUUAGUGAAUGAGUUUUGUGGGAUUACAUGAGAUGAAUGAAAAAUAAGCAGAGCUUACUAUUUACAGCACAGGUUGCCCAACACUUUUAGAUAUUAUAGAUCCUAGAUAUAAAGAUAUAACAGUGGAGAAUCAAUAUUUUGUAUGUAUUGCGUUGCCAAGUAUAUCAUCAAAGAUUUUGUUGGAAUAUAGGAAUGUAUAUAGUUAUUUUUGUAUUUUUUUAAACUUGUAUAUAUGUUGUCAUUGUAAAAUUUUGUAUAUCCACUUAUAUAAAGCAGUAUUAUUCGCA